AUGUCUAACUUAAGUUUGCGAAUAAAAGGCCUUAAGGAAGAGAAAACUGUUUCUGUGCCUAGUUCAUGUUCAGUUGAACAGUUACGAGAUGAAGCGUCCAAAGCAUUUCAGACUUCACCAGAGAGAUUAAUUCUUAUAUUUGGAGGGAAAAUUCUAAAGGAUGGAGAUACUAUUAAGCAGCACAAUAUAAACGAUGGAUUUAUUAUCCAUUUGGUGAUCUCGAAACAACAACAGCCUUCACAGAUUAAUCCAACUGGUACAUCUUCUGUUGUACCAGAUACGAGAGAAAGUCAAAGGGAAAAUCAGCGCCCGCCAAGUAGUAACACACAAGCCAAUACUGGAAUGAACAGUUUUGCUGGUAUGCAACAAGCUAUGCAGGCACAAGUGAUGCAGAAUCCUGAACUCCUUCGUAAUAUGCUAGACAGUCCAUUAGUUCAGUCUUUGAUGAGUAAUCCGGAGGUUAUACGAAGUUUAUUUCAAGCUAACCCCCAAAUGCGUGAUUUGAUUGAACGUAAUCCAGAGUUAGGACAUAUGCUUAACAAUCCAGAUCUUCUUCGACAGUCUAUGGAAAUUGCUCGCAAUCCUGCUAUGAUGCAAGAAAUGGUCCGUAAUUAUGAUCGAGCAAUUUCCAAUUUAGAAUCAGUACCUGGUGGAAUGAAUCAUUUGCAGCGGAUAUUUCGAGAUAUUCAAGAACCAAUUAUGGAUGCAGCUUCCAGUAUUGGUUCCAGUUUGAGUGGUGGUGGUGGUGGUGGCGGCGGUAAUCAAUCGAGUGAUAAUUCGGAUCAGAAUCCGUUUGCAAAUUUAGCAGGUGGUGUAAGACAAGGUGCUCCUGCUACUGAACCUAUGCCAAAUCCUUGGGCACCAGCUACAAACAAUUCUACUGGAAAUAAUGAUACAGGGUCGUCAGCAACUGGUACAGUAAAUCCGAAUCGUAAUAGUGAUCUUGUCCAAACUAUGCUAAGUCAGUUAUCUUCUAGUCCGGAGCUAGUAUCCAAUGCUUUCCAAGUCCCAUAUGUACAAGCAAUGCUUGAAGCAAUGAGUGCAAAUCCAUCAGUGAUGGAGAAUUUAAUUAUGAAUAAUCCGAUGAUUUCCAGUGUAAAUCCAAAUGUACGUGAUCAAAUGCGUCAAAUGCUACCUCAAUUAGCUAAUCAAAUUAAUCAACCAUCAUUUAUGAGUAUGUUGUCCAAUCCUCGUGCACUACAAGCUAUGAUGCAAAUCCAGCAAGGACUGCAAACACUUCAGCAAGAAGCACCGGGUGUACUAACCGGUCUGGGUAUGUCUGCACCUUCGACUGGUCCUGGAUCAGUUCCAUCUACUACUACUACUGCUGCUGCCACUUCUCCCACAACAAACACUUCAACAGUCGCAAGUCCUGGUAAUACCUCUGAUUCUACUGCAGCAUCUGAGCGUACCACAGACAGCACAGCUAACGCCCCAAGCCAAGCUGAAUUGACUACACUUUUAUCCAGUAUGUUGAAUAUGAUGUCGACUACUACUAAUAAUAAUGGACUGGCUGCUUCAACCAAUGUGCCACCUGAACAACGAUAUCAAGCUCAACUUGAAGUUCUGGCUAGUAUGGGUUUCGUUGAUCGUGAAGCUAAUUUACAGGCACUGACUGCCACAUUCGGAGAUGUCAAUGCAGCUAUUGAUAGACUGUUGCAUUUUAAUCAGUCAAGAUAACGGGAGUAUCUUGACUAACUGACUGACCGAUCAAUCUGCAACACUUAUAUUUCCAAUUGAAUUUUUAGUUAAGGGUGUGAAUAAACGAUGAUUUUGAAACAGUAGACUUAUGACAACAUCUGCCUACUUCUUCUUAGGUCAUAUCUGCUAUCACAGUUCUCAUGGUGUGUGUGUGUGUGUGUGUGAGUGCGUUAGCAGUCAUAUCCUGUAGGAUUGUGUACUUGUGGGUUUUGUUUUACGCUAGACAAAUAUGCAAAGCACCUCUCCCCCUGCCUCUCUCUUCACUUUUAUGCUUGUUAGGACAGUUUGUGUGCCGUGUAUUCUGCCUACC